ACCGCUCCUGCCGGCGGAACCAAAGCGCGGGGCUGGGGAGCGCCGGGGGCUGCCGCUGGUGCGCACCGCUCGGCGCGCUGCUCUCCGCUACCCGGCCGCAGCGGGACGCGGUCCGACACGAUGCUGCUGCUGCGGGCUGCGGGCUGCCGGCGUGCCGCCGCCCCGGCCUCCGCCGCCGCCUGGCUGCGGGGCGCUGCUCCCCGCGGGCUCCCCGCCGCCGCCCUCCGCCGCCGGGCGGCCCUGCCCGCCGCCGCGGGGGCCCAGCAGGUUACAUCUUUUCAAGGAUUGGCUGUUCGCAGCCUCAGCACAUCCUCCCCUCAUGACCACCCAGAACAUGGAAGAUUAGUUUAUAAAGGAAAUUUGGCAAAGGCAGUGUUAGGUGUGAAGUUUUUCUCUUACUCCACCAGCAUAUUCAACCUGUUCAUGAUGCCCUACAUCAUGUUCAAAACUGGUAUUGGAUUUGAAAGUCUGUUUAUACAAGCUGCUUUUUAUGGGUUGAUCGGGUUUUUUACAUUUGUAACGCCGGUUACUUUGCACGUCCUUACAAAAGGCUACGUGAUUCGACUCUAUUAUAAAGACGAAAUGGACACGUACACAGCCAUUACAUACAAUGCAAUAUUGGCAGAAAAAGCAACUGUUUUCCAUCAGAAAGAUGUAAAGAUUCCAGACAUCACCAAGAUGUUUACAACAUUUUAUGCUAAAACAAAAUCGAUGCUUGUUAAUCCUACGCUUUUCCCAAAUCCUCAGGAUUAUAACCAUCUUAUGGGCUAUGACAAAUCCUUUUAUUUUAACUUAGAGGAAGAAAAUGAAGCCAGUGAAAGGAAAUAAUUUGAAGAUAACGAAUGUCACCAUCAUUGUUCGCGGUGCCAUGCUAUAAAUGUGAAAGAAUGUAAAAUUCUCUUUCUUAAGUGUCAGAUAGCUAGAGUUCCCCCAAUGUGUUUUGGAAUGUAUAAAAAAACCUAAAACAUUUUUUUAACUUGAAAAUUGAGGGUUUCUUCAGAGUUAAUGACACAAAACAUAGUAAAAGGAAAAAAAGGAAAAAAAGCUUAGAUCUGUCUUGUGCUUCUUUGUUCUUGGCUUGUUUUUAUUGUUAACUAUCCAGGAGAACUGUAAAACACACGGGCUGUGCAGCAAUCUCACCAUCUCCAUUGCAAAAAGGACAGUUCCUUUAAGAAAAAUCAGCAGUGCUCAUUACUUGUCAAGUACAUAGUUAAGCUUUUAAGCCUUAAAGAUUAAUUGUCCCUAAUCCAAAAAGAUCAGUCUUUUUCAUCAGUGCCGCUGGUGAUAUAAAGGGAGUGGAGAUGAAUUUCAUGUUGCUUUGUGAGAGCAUCAGUAGCCAGGAUGAGUCUUCAGAAAGCAGACAUUGUUGCUGGUUCCUGCUACAGCCUCCAUCUACAGGCCUGCAGGCCUCUGGAGAAGAUAGGGAGAAUGGCUGCGUCACCAUAAUCUCUAGCUACUCAGAGCUUCUCAAUGGUUUCUUAAUCUAGAGCCCCACUCUGAGCAGCCCUGUCCCCAGAGGUCGAGAGCUAGAAGCCUUUCUCUUACUGGGGGAAGAAGUGCCUUAGCGUAAGAUUUGCUCUGUGAAUAUGCCAUUGUAAAGAGGUGUUGUAUCUGAACUGACUUAAAGAAGAUACUAGCAGUUAGUUGUUCAAAUGGAUUCUGUCAACAUGUAAGGUGGGGAAGCAAAAGGUAAUCUCCUGCAGAGUACUGUUUACAUCUUAUGCCUUUAAAAACAUACCUCUUGAUUUUAAGCACUGCAAAGAAAGUCACUUUUAGCUCAAGUGAAAAGAGGAUUAGGCCUUUUUUUGUGUGUGUGUAUGACUAGACUGGUUAGUUCUGCAGUCUGAGUAUGCAGAAAUUGGAUUUAAAUAUUUUUAGUCCAAGGAGAAGUUUGUAACGUAAACUGACAGGUACUUGUUUUCAAAUAAUGAAGGGCAUAGUAUUUGAGGCUUAAAAAUGACUGAAUUAAAAAAAAAAGGCAGCAAAAUUCAAAUUAAUCCUUUUGUAUUAGCAGUGCUCUUUGUCAUAACUAAAUCUUGUUGCUAAUAAAGUCAUCCUAAUACUGCAAAUAAAAAGAAAGUAAUUCGUGCUACCCUUCCAGAUGUUUCCUAAGUUCUAGCUGAAAGAAUGUAUUUAAAAGUCUAAAUGUCUUCCAAGACUAUUACUGCUGUUUUCCAUCAUAGGAUGACAUUCUAGAUCAUAUUAAGCCAUCAGUUAUAGAUCAUAUUAAGCCAUCAGUGUUUUUAAAUGUUAUUUGCCUGACUGUUGAAACUGCUCUCAGUGUACUUGCUGAGUAAUUAAAAAGCAAAUCAUCCAAUUCAGAUAUUUUUGAGGCAAUUCCUUUGUGUUGGAACAGCUAUAAUUUUAAAAGCCUGCUCUAGCCCCAUUAAGCCAGUAUCACUUCUUAGGUUACAAUUAUAUAUAACAAAAAAUUCCAUAAAUUAUAUUGAAGACACGAGGCCAAUUCUGACCACUUGGUUGUACUACUUGUCCUUACUGAAAUCGGUUUACACCUAAUUAAAAAUAAUCUUUCCAUGUCUGAUGCAUUUACUCUCUUCUUUCUGUGCUUGCGGAUGAAGUUAUCUUCAUCUUUAAAAUACAGAGAGAAAAGGAAAUAGAGUUUGCAAGAGAAGGCUCCAAAAUUAUGUACUCCUUGAGCAUUAUAAAAAUCCUCAGCCUUUUCUUCUGAACGCAGGAAUAUUUUCAGUGCUAAAUUUGAGAUUUGGCUGAUUCAGAUUUAAGCAGCAAUAGAGUUUUCCAUGCCAGUGGCUGAGUUUCUCAAAAAAUAAAUGGAAGUUAAACAUUAUUUCUUCCAUCUAUUUGUCUCCUGGCAGUGAAACGCAAGUUAAACUAGUAGGUGGCUUUCCGGCGCACACUCUAAACUUCCUCUGGCACAACUUGAUGCCGUUUCCUUUUGUCCUGUUGCUGGUUACUUGGAGGAAGAGAUGGAUGCCCAUCUCACUGCAACCUCCUUUCAGGUAGUUCUGGAGAGUGAUAAGGUUGCUCCUGAGCCUCGUUUUCUCCAGCCUGACAACCCCAGUUCUCUCAGCUGCUCGUCACAGGACUUGUUCUCUAGACCUUCACCACCUUUGGUGCCCUUCUCUGGACCUGCUCCAGCACCUCAAUGUCUCUCUUGUAGCGAGGGACCCAGAACUGAACACAGCGUUCGAGUAUACUUGCACAUAUGUGACUGGUUUAGAUCCUUGGAACUUGUUGAGAGCAGUGGAGACCAGUAUUCAAACAACUGUCAUUUGUUCUUCAGGUUAGAAACAAAAUAAAGGAAUGGAAAUGUAACCCAAAAAGA